AUGUCGCCGAGCCACAUCGCCCAGACCGAGCGUCUGUACCGCAUCGCCUCCAUCCCCGGUGACGGAAUCGGCACGGAGAUCACCGAGGCCGCCGUGCAGGUGCUGAAGAAGCUCUCCGACGUCCACCGAUCCUUUUACUUUGAGUUCACCGAGUUCGAUUGGAGCAGCAACAAUUACCUCAAGCGCGGCUGGUACAUGCCCGAAGAUGGCCUGGAGCAGCUGAAGAAAUACGACGCCAUCUACUUUGGCGCCGUCGGCUCUCCCGACGUUCCUGACCACAUCUCGCUCUGGAAUCUCAUCCUCCCCAUCCGCAAGGCCUUGAACCAGUAUGUCAACCUGAGGCCCAACCACAUCCUCCCCGGCACCACCUCGCCCCUCGCCAACUGCAAGCGCGAGGACCUGGACUGGGUCUUCGUCCGCGAGAACAGCGAGGGCGAGUACUCGGGCCAAGGCGGCACGUCUCACGAGCAUUCCGGCCACGCCAUCGCCACCGAGGUCUCCAUCUUCACCCAGGUGGGCAUCGAGCGCAUCAUGCGCUUCGCCUUCGAGACGGCCCGCAGCCGGCCCCGCAAGAAGCUCACCAUGGUCACCAAGAGCAACGCCCAGCGCCACGGCAUGGUGCUCUGGGACAAGAUCUUCUUCGAAAUCAAGAAAGAGUAUCCCGACGUCGAGACGGACAAGAUGCUGGUCGAUGCCAUGACCGUCCGCAUGGUCCUGAACCCGACGUCGCUGGAUACCAUAGUGGCUACGAACCUGCACGCCGACAUCUUGACCGACCUGGCCGCCGCCCUGUCAGGCAGCAUCGGCAUUGCGCCUUCCAGCAACCUCGACCCUACCAGGAAGAAUCCCAGCAUGUUCGAGCCCAUCCACGGUAGUGCACCUGACAUUGCUGGCAAGGGCAUUGCCAAUCCAGUCGGAGCAUUCUGGAGUGCUGCCGAGAUGGUACGAUGGCUAGGCCAAGAGGCUGCUGCCGAUAGUCUGAUGAAGGCUAUAGAAAACGUGACUGGAGCUGGUAUCAGGACGAAAGACCUAGGAGGUUCUAGCAACACCAAGGAAGUCACUGAGGCUGUAUGUGCCGAGAUUGAAAAGAUCGGAAAGGCAUAA